CCUUGGGUAGACCAACCGCGCAGCCAACAGUACGUCUACGUGCAGUUCUUAAGUCUGAAGUAGUUCGUUCUAGGACGAUUUUCUUCGGCUUAACUUAACCGUUCGAAACUUAGUGAAAACCGGUUGUUAGAUUAAUACUUCUUUGAAAGUAACUUCACCAAUCGGAAGCAUGGCAGCGUUCGCAGAACCGCACUUCGACGCCUGGCAGGCGGGGGCCGGCAACAUGUCCGUCGUGGACAUGGUCGCGCCGGAGAUGUUGCACAUGGUGCACCCCCACUGGAAUCAGUUCCCGCCGAUGAACCCGCUGUGGCACUCGAUCCUCGGAUUCGCCAUCUUCUGUUUGGGAAUGGUCUCGAUGAUUGGCAACGGUUGUGUCAUCUCGAUCUUCACCGGCACCAAGUCACUCAAAACCCCGUCCAACUUACUGGUGGUCAAUCUGGCCUUCUCGGAUUUCCUGAUGAUGUUUACGAUGGGACCGCCGAUGGUGAUCAACUGCUGGCAUCAGACCUGGGUCUUUGGACCCUUCGCUUGCGAGCUGUACGCCUGCCUGGGAUCGCUGUUUGGCUGUGCCUCGAUCUGGACCAUGACUUUGAUUGCGUUUGACCGAUACAACGUGAUUGUGAAGGGUCUUGCCGCGAAGCCGAUGACCAACAGCGGCGCUAUGGUCAAGAUCCUGAUGGUGUGGGCUUUCGCACUGUUCUGGACUCUGGCCCCGUUCUUCGGAUGGAACCGGUACGUCCCAGAGGGUAACAUGACCGCUUGCGGAACUGACUACCUGACCCAGACCUGGUUGAGCCGUUCGUACAUCAUCGUCUACGCCAUCUUCGUGUACUGGCUGCCGCUGUUCACCAUCAUCUACUCGUAUACCUUCAUCCUGAAGGCCGUCUCCGCCCACGAGGAACAGAUGCGUGAACAGGCCAAGAAGAUGAACGUUGCCUCGCUGCGGUCGUCGGAAGCGCAGCAGACCAGCGCCGAGAUUAAGCUGGCCAAGGUCGCUCUGAUGACCAUUUCGCUGUGGUUCAUGGCCUGGACGCCGUACCUGGUCAUCAACUUUACCGGAAUCUUCAAGGCUGCCCCGAUCAGCCCGCUGGCCACCAUCUGGGGGUCGCUGUUCGCCAAGGCUAACGCCGUCUACAACCCGAUUGUCUAUGGUAUCAGCCAUCCGAAGUACCGUGCUGCGCUGUAUCAACGGUACCCGGGACUGUCGUGCCAGUCGGACAACUCUUCCAACGACUCCCAGUCGGUGGCGACGACCGCCGAAGAGGAGAAGGCUUAAGUACAAGACAGCACACACUGGAUCUUUGUUUAGACGAAAAAAUAGAUGAUAAAUAGCAAUUGAAAUCUUCAAUAGAU